AUGGAGCCUGGGGGUGCGGAGCCUGCGGGUGCUGAGUCUGGAGGUGCUGAGCCUGGGGGUGCUGAGCCUGGGAGUGCUACGUCUGAGAGUACUGAGCCUGAGCGUGCUGCACCUGGGGGAGGCCUCUCCUCGCAGCAGCUGCGUGAGUGGUACUUACAGUACUGCAGCCUCAGAAGAGGUGCUUCUGGAGCUCGGAGUGGUGCCGGAGCUGGUGCUAGUGCUUCCCCUCCUAGGCGGGAGCUGCCCUCUCCCCAGCAGCUCCGAGAGUGGUACGCUAGGCGCUGCAGUCUCCGGAGUGGCGCUCCCGGUGUCGUGGACUCUGGAGCUUCUGGAGUUACUGGAGGUGCUGCUGCUGCUGGCGGUGCGGCUGGCGCUGCUGGAGGUGCUGCUGGUGCUGCUGGAGCUGCUGGAGGUACUGCUGCUGCUGGAGGUGCUGCUGGCGCUGCUGGAGGUACUACUGGUUCUGGUGUUGCUGGAGCUGCUGGAGGUGCUGCUGCUGCUGGCGGUGCGGCUGGCGCUGCUGGAGGUGCUGCUGGUGCUGCUGGCGCUGCUGGAGGUGCUACUGGUGCUGGAGCUACUGGAGCUGCUGGUGGUACUGCUGCUGCUGGCGGUGCUGCUGGCGCUGCUGGAGGUGCUGCUGGUACUGGUGCUGCUGGAGCUGCUGGAGGUGCUGCUGCUGCUGGUGGUGCUGCUGGCACUGCUGGAGGUGCUGCUGGUACUGGAGCUGCUGGGGACCCUGCUGCUGCUGGCGGUGCUGCUGGAGCUGCUGGGACUGGCCCUGCUGAGGGGGUUGGAGCUGGAGGUGCUGAGCGGCCACGGCCGUACUACGUUCCGCUCCUUCAGCAGGUUCUUGGCCUUCCGCCCUCUCCUGGUCCUACUCCUCCCCUACUGAGUCCACCGCUUGUCCAGUCGCAGUCACAGUUACAGCCAGUCUCUCCACUUCCUGGUCCUUCUCCCUACACUGCACCGACGGGAGGUCUUACGGAGCGUCGUGAGCCUGAGUCUCGUCCUCCGUCGCCUGAGACUCGUCCAGAGUCGUCUGAGUCGCGUCCAGAGUCGCCUGUCCGCACUGUCCGCGCUGGUCGUCGUGUUCCACGUCAGCGUCCUCCUCCUGUCCUUGGCACUGACUAUAUGACCCUGCGUCCCUCUACUGCUCCACAGCGUGUCCCACUACCGUCUCCACCAGCGUCCUCUCUUCCUGCUCUUGCUGACCCGGAGUCUGACUCUCUUCGUGCUGCCAGUCCUACUGUCACGCGUCUCCUUGCCACUGCUGUCACUGACCCUUCCUUUGAGUCCUCUGCUGCGUCUGCUCUAGUCGCUGAGCUUGUUGACUUUGCUGCUGCCUGUUGUCUAGACUACGCCGCUAGCCUUGUUGCUGAGUCUGAGUCUGAGUCUGUCUGUCCUCCGUCUGUCGGGGUUGCCCCUGAGGGAGACCCGGAUGCACCAGACAUCCCGACCCCACGCUCCUACGCAGAGGCGAUGGAGGGUCCCUACUCCUCUCAGUGGCAGACAGCCAUGGACGCAGAGAUGGCUUCCUGGAAGUCCACAGGCACCUACGUCGACGAGGUUCCCCCACCUGGGGCGAACAUCGUCAGUGGCAUGUGGAUUUUCAGGGUGAAGCGGCCGCCGGGUUCUCCUCCUGUCUUCAAGGCACGUUACGUUGCACGAGGCUUCAGUCAGCGAGAGGGAGUUGACUUCUUCCAGACCUUCUCCCCGACCCCGAAGAUGACCACUCUUCGGGUUCUGCUGCACGUCGCUGCUCAGCGUGACUACGAGCUCCACUCUCUUGACUUCAGCACUGCGUUCUUACAGGGCAGCCUGCACGAGGAGAUCUGGCUGCGCCGCCCACCUGGCUUUACUGGGUCGUUCCCUCCUGGUACCCAGUGGAGCCUCCGACGGCCAGUCUACGGUCUCCGCCAGGCACCCCGUGAGUGGCACGACACACUGAGGACUACUCUUGCUGCUCUUGGGUUUGCUCCUUCUACUGCUGACCUGUCGCUGUUUGUACGCACCGACACCACUCUGCCGCCGUUCUACGUUCUUGUUUACGUAGACGACUUGGUCUUUGCUACUGCUGACACUGAGGCACUCGCCCACGUGAAGUCGGAGCUGCAGAAGAGACACACGUGCACAGACCUGGCUCUGCCUUCGGAUGAGUCCGUAGAGCCGAGUGGCCCGUAUCCAGAGCUUGUGGGCUGCCUCAUGUACCUGAUGACCUGCACUCGACCUGACCUGGCAUACCCUCUUAGCAUCCUAGCACGCUAUGUCGCUCCCGGCCGUCACCGGAAGGAGCACAUGGAUGCCGCUAAGAGGGUGUUGCGCUACUUGUGCAGUACGUCGGGCAUGGGGCUCGUGCUUGGAGGUCGGAGCGACGUUGUCCUCACGGGUCACUCAGACGCUUCUUUGGCUGACGACCAGGCUACGCAGCGGUCGUCUCAGGGUUACACCUUCAGCCUUGGCUCUGGUUCAGUUUCUUGGCGUUCUACUCGCUCUUCUUCUGUUCUCAGCUCCAGUUGUGAGGCUGAGAUCUACGCCACAGCCAUGGCUGCACAGGAGUUACGCUGGCUCACCUACCUGCUGACCGACCUGGGAGAGCGGCCUCGUUCUCCUCCAGUGCUGUACGUUGACAACAAGGCCGCCAUUUCCUUGUGUGAGGAGCACAGACUGGAGCACAGGACGAAGCACAUCGCUCUGCGCUACUUCCUUGCUCGAGAGCUGCAGCAGCGUGGUCAGCUUCGUCUGCGUUACGUGGCCACUCGGGCCAACACUGCUGAUGUGUUCACCAAGGCGCUUCAACCUUGUGACCAUCAGUGUUUCUGUACUGUUCUAGGCCUUGUGCCUACUCUCCCUCACUUGCUCACUUCUUGA